AUGGAGUUGCUUGGUUCCUUUCUAUUUCUUCUUAUCCCACAUCUUCUCUGUAUCUCAGGUAAGUGACGACGUUUUUACAACUGAAAACUUUCGAAACUCAAUUGUUGUUCAUUUAGAAUAUUCUCGGUUGCUUCUGUCUUUCAACUUGAAGUUUCUAAAAAUUGCGGUCUUCUGUUUUGGUAAAGAGUGUACUAUUUCUAAUAGUUUGAAGCCCAAAAAUGAUUAAGUGUAGUUCAUAAGGUGAUCCUUGUAGCUGUACCGAUAACCAUGCACUAUGAAUUGGCAAGUAACUUUGAAUUACAAAUGAACUUGUUUGCACGAUCCUUUUUGAAAUACAAUUAGCGACGUGUUAUUUCGAAUUAAUUCCACUCACAAACUUGAAAAAUUUUAACACGAAGCUAUCAUGAUGUUCCCUCAUUAACUUUUAACAGAAAAAGCAGGGUCAGGAACUUUUCUCUCAGGAGCUUUACCCUACCUUGAGAUUACGGAUCUUGUUCAGUUUUAUACACAUUAUUAUAAUUCCUGUCUGAACGAGCUUCUUUGUGUUUAUUCAUGCAUUAAAGGAUCAUUAAAGAGAAUAACAUUUAAAAAUAUUCUGCAUAUAAAAUCACUGACAUGGCCUCCUAAACAUAAAUGAGUAUUUACAAUAUGAAAAUUCAUUAUACAUAUUAAAAGAUUAAAAUCAUUUCUAGCUAUAUAUAGCUAGUGGUUUGAAAUAUCCUUGCUUCGUUUUAGAAACCUGGGAGAAAUUAUCAGUGUACAAACUGAUUUUACCCACAAUCCUGAAAAUUAGCUACAAAUGUUUGUUUAUAGCGAAAGUUUACUUAAAGCUGCUCUCAAACGUCUAAAUUUUCAGCAGCUCCACUUAGUCGAAAUAAAUCAUAAUUGCAGUUAUAGAGACUAUUUAAUUGUAAAUAAUUCUAAAAAACCUCGCUGAAACGUGGUUAUUUGCGAAAGAAUAAAAAUUUCAUGAUAAUGACAUAAAUAAUGAUGUUGAUAAUUUUAUAUCAUUUAGACGCGCAAGUCUCUUUUGUGUUGACCCCUGCAAGCCCUGUACAAGCUCAACAAGGUGCUAAUGCUACCCUAUAUUGGGACUACACAAGCAACAGACCACUCACAUUUGCCCAAUGGGGGACUACGGAUAGCGAAAGCAAACUUCAAACAAUCAUAGCAAAACAAAGAGAAAACGGCGAAGUAGAGUACUCACUGAAUUACAGAGGGCGAGCCACAAUACAAGGGAGAGCUUCUCUUAUAUUGAUAAACGUGAAAGAGAGUGACAGCGGCCAAUAUGGAUGCCAUCUGACGUUCGACGGUGUCACAAUCAUUAACUCUACAAGUUUGAUUGUCUCAGGUAAAGUUGCGUAAAAACUCUGCAUUGUCCAUCAUCAACGUAACCCAGAUACUAAAAUUACAGUCAUUAGAGCCUCAUUUUAACUCCUCUUUGACUGUAUAAAAGCAGAGCAGCGACAUAAAACACAACCAAUUUCCCUUACAGCUUUUGCAUAAAAUAGCUUUAUAGUUCUAAAUAAUAAACAAUUAUAUGAGGCUAUAUUCGUUUUCUUUUGUUUCAGCCCAAACCACCACAACGCAAGUCCCAACUGUUGCAGGGUUAGAAGAUGACGAAAACACCAACUUUCAUCCGAUUUACCUAGCGUUUGUUGCCGUGGUUUUAAUCCUCAUCGUCCUCGUUAUUGUUUAUUUCUUUGUUAGUCGCAGACGAAGAGGUAAGUACAGGGAAUGAAGUUCAAAUGUACGCCAUCAUUGGUUAUACCCAUAGUCACACCUUUUUAUCACAGCGGAAAGAAAAGGUUCAGAGUGGUUAUACGUUCCAGGGGUGACGGCAUUAUAUAGGUAAGAAUUAUUUUACCAGGUUUGGCGUUUUUGGGUCCAAAAGAACUGUCCAAAGCUUGAAAAAGGUGUCCCCCAAUAGAGAUGUGGAGAACUAGGGAUUUUGUUAUAUGUAGUUUGUCACAUAUCCUUGGUAACAAGAGAGUUGUCAGUAAAAGUAAUAAUUGGGUUAGCGUAGAAUAUACCCUCACGGAAAAAGUUCUACUCUACUUGCAAUUGUAACAGUUUCCUCUCAGUGAUAUCCUAAUGUAGAACUUUGGUGGUAUUCAGAGGGAGCAGCGUUUGUAAUUUCUCUCAUAAAUCGAGGGAUAGCGCCCUUACAUUUGUGAAUUCUGGUGGAUAAAAAUGCAAAUGGUUUUCCAGUUGUCUCUUAACUUAUGUCAGUCUAUUUUUUUAAUCUAACAAAAAGAACACAAAAGGGGAGGGGGGUGGUGGGGACGAUGAGAAGGGAAAAUACGUAGUAGAGGCACUGUUUCUCCGUCCUUUGUCCCCUCAGUGAGUGCGCAUGCCUUGACGCGCUAUAUCAUUAGUCUCUUGCUGCUUUUGAUCCUGUAUAUGAAUCAUCGGAGAUGACCGGGGACGAGUAAGAUCAAAGCGAGCGUAUUUUAAACGGUAAUGUAGGAGCUGCUUGCUUGGGUCUUUCCUGAUUCGCUCUUUUAAACAAUGGUAAUUCAUUGUUUACUAUUGUUUUCCACUUUUUUCCGGUUUGGGUACAAACGAAUUGGCUUUCAGCUUCCGAGCAGCUGCUACAUGACCAUGAUGAUGGUAAUUACUAAAGUCUGUUCCGAAUUUGCUGUUCAGUUCCUUUUUUCUACCCCUUAAUGGAUGCAUGCAUCUAAUUAAAAAAUGCACGCGAUUCCUGCAUCACCUAACACGACCACAUACGUUGGUAACUAAAACUACCUCCUUUCUCUUUUGUAGUACCAGUUGUCAUCGAUAAAAGGUAUGUGUUACUGAAAGUAGAAAAGGGGUACAAAAAAAUCUUAAAUUUAAACAAAAUGGAGUAAGGCAGGAGACUAAACAAGGAAAGGAGGUGUCAGAUUUAGUACUUUCUCAACCAUCACCAAUUAACGACGUUCUUUUUGUAAAAUAACAAUAAUCUGUAAAUUAUUUCAAGUCAGAUUAAAAAUGUCACUAAUCAGCCCUGGCGUGGGGUUUUCCGUUUCCGAGAUUAGUCCCCAUGUGAGCAUUCAGAAGUAAGGUUCUUAUUUCCCAGUUUCUGCAAACAUGAUAUCAUACUAAAUCUGUCACAUAGGCACUAUUCUAACAUGUCACAAAUGUAUUUCCUCCCUGUAUAGAAAUUCUCGAACAUUUGGUCCAGAUGUAAAUGGAAUGGAAAUGGUAGGAAAAAACAUUUUUGCCCAUACUUGUAACAAAGAUACAUAAACCAUUUUUCUAGUAACGAGUUUAAAUAUUGCAUGUGUACAAGGGUUACCUGCUGUGAGUACAUCUUUUGAGCUUAACUAUAAGUGUUACGUUCAGUAGUCGAUAGUAACCCUGAAAAUGUCAAUUCAAUCUACGUACACCCCAAGUUCAGUACAAGAUAGUGAAGUUGGUUGCAUUCCGCCAUUCAUUCCAUUUGCAGUGAAGUUAUUACCCAUGGAAAGACUUUGACGUAGAAAACAUAAAAAAGGUAUAAAAUUCAGAGUCGUAAUUUAUAAUUGUCGAGAUCGACGUAUUUACUGCUAGUGGAAAAAGCAGUAAGGUCAGGAAAUUAUUGCGAGUCAGAGCGAACCUAUUUUUGUUAUAGCCUCGAUAGCUCUUUUGCUUCCCACAGUUUCAGACAAAAUGUUUUUUUUUUCCGCGAAACUAAAGGGGUAACUAACCUAUUGACUGAGACCUUGUGGUCGGUAUAAGAUUCUGGAAAACUCCACCCAUGACCCCUCCCCUCAACCGAAAUUGGUCUUGACGAUACUUUAAGGGUGGGAUAGGUGGGUAGAAACUCAAUGCGGUUUUCUGAUCAUAUAAAUUAAGCAAAGACUUUUUGAAUGAAUGGAUAAAUGAAUGAAGAGUCGUAGGUGAGAGGACGACAGGCGUACCCUCUUACAAUACAUAUUAACAUGUCAUCAGUAAUCUCGGACGUCAGCAUAUAUACAAAGGCGCCACUGGCAGCCGCCUUCAGUCCAUUUAUUAGCUUAAUAUACCCACCCAACCCAUGAUGUGAAUGACGUGAUUUGUGAAGGUUGACCACAACACCGGGGUCUACGUCCCCUACUCUUUUCGAAUAGUGGUGUGGGUUCUUUGACGUCCCACAAGAACCAGAUAAGUGUAAGUGCUGUGAAACGGGACCUACGGUUUUUCGUCCUUAUCUGAGAAGAUUAGAAAGUCUAACCGUUCGCAGAUGUCUUUACAAAGGCAGCACUUUCUUGUCAGUUACUUAAAGACCCUGAGUGUUGGUCCGGCCGGGGUUCGAACCCGAGACCUCCCGCUCAGCAGACCAACACUCCUCCAACUGAGACAACCAGGUGACGCACAUCAACCGGAAGUGAGGCCUCCUUUUUCAUAUGCCUUGACGAUAACAAAUUUGUAUUGCAAAGUUUCUUUUCUCUUAUGAAGAUGAUUUACCCGAGAGUUUUUAGUAACCAAACCACUGCCCAAUGAUGCAAAAAGUCCACUUCCGGUUGACGUCCGUCGCUCAAAAACGCUGUUACUUAAGCUCCCUAUAAUACUUGCUCUUACAACUAGAAUCUACUACCAUCAACAUACACAGACGUCGAAGUAGAUAAAAGUCUUAACGAGCCAUAUGACUCUGCGCGUCAAGAUUAUUGCGUCAUACCACCUUUAAUACCUAAUCCAAACGAGAAGGACUGGGAAAUUCCGCUGGAAAGCGUUGUAUUGGUGAAAGUAAUAGGCAAGGGAGCAUUUGGCCAGGUCGCAAAGGGCAUGGUGAAGGGGUUCGACAAAGACAGUGGAAAUCGCCUCGUCGCAAUUAAAAUGCUAAGAGGUAAGGCUAAGUGAUUAUACUGUUAUAAACAGGCCUCAUCAAGGUUUUGGAAGCCAUCUUACAGCUGAUCUUAAAGAGCAGGCAACAGCGUGAGAAAUUACAGUGUUUGAAUAAGAAUCUAAGGUCCAAGAAUAUCCUUAAAACCGCUUGUUCUGAAAAAAAAAAACAAAACAAAACAAUAAGGCCUAUUAAAAAUGGUCAUUUUGAUACGAUUCAUUUAGCUAUAAUUGUCAAGAACCUAUAGACUUUGUUUAGACUUUUUUAAAAAAGUCUUUAUUCCUAAUCUAGGCAAAAGAUAAACGUCACAGUGGCUGACAAAGUGUUUUCCAAAAACAUGGAUUUUUGCAGAUAACCCCACUGAUGAAAAUAGACAAGACAUUUUGGCUGAGCUGAACACGAUGAAGAAGCUUCCACCACAUCAAAAUGUGAUUCAGUUGCUGGGUUGUGUAACAAAGACAGGUAUAAAAAGCGGAGAUGUACAGAAAUGUCCUUAUGACAAUGUGUCCAAUAAUCGCUACGUUUUCUGGGGUAGCACUUUUUACGGGACGUAUAUCGGGCAAAUCCAUAUCACCUUUGUGCUUCAAAUAGCAGGGAACGAGAUUAGAAAUUAGGUUUAAUGUACUAUGCUAUGAUGUUUUAAAAUAUUAAAAGACAGAAAUAAUAAUCAGAUGGUAAUUAAUUAGGACAGACCUUGGAAAGUUGUUACGGUAAUUUUAAUGGCAUAUGUUACUGUUAACCUUUGACUCUGAAAUGGCCGCCAUCAAUUUAAUAGUUAAACUGAAGCAGUUUGCUGAUUUUCUUUGUUCUGCUUUGUACCCGCACUUUCGCAAGCAAAUGGGGCCUGGCCUCAUGUUGUCUAAGACCUCAAAUAGCUUUCAGCAUAGUAACCAACCUUCACCAAACAACGUCUAUGGAAUAACUGAGCAGCUAAGUAGUGCGGAAGAGGUUAAGUCUACGGUUUGUGCACCUGGAAAUAAUUAGCAUAGUAAGAUUGUGAGUAAUCCGUGUCACCCCUAAAUCAUCCUGCGUCGAGCCUAGCAGCUGUGUUGUACUACUUUUUGCAAGUUACUUUCAGGUCAAGUUAAUUUUGUACGAUGCCAAAAUGACUUAAAAUAUCGGGCAUAAUUCCUUUGAAGGGUAACGAAUUAGAUUGAGGACCGUGACUCUCUUAUUCCCUGAUUGUAAUUGCAACUUAAACCCUUUAAGUCUCAAUAAUGACCAAUAUCAAUUUUUUCCUGACAAUACCCAUACAUUGUCAAGAGAUUAGGUUAUGCGAAUUAAUAAAAUGAUCACCUCACAGAAAAUGCUGUGAUAUUUUGUCAAAUUCUCUCAACUCAUUAAGGAAAUGUGAGGGGAUCAGUUUGGAGAAUUUGUAUGCGGACAUUGGGGCUUAAAGGGUUAAGUACUCUACUUGCAAUUGGAAUUCAAAAGCAAUACGUAAAAAUUGCCAUUGACACAUCUACUUGCGUUCAACACCAGAUCCUGUUAUGGUAAUAACAGAGUACGUCCCUUACGGGGACCUUCUUGGGUUCUUGAGGAAAAGCCGAGGACUCCAAGACAAUUACUACAAAGACCCAGAUAUCAAACCUCAAAGUUCGUUGAGAUCGAAGCAACUCUUUGGGUUUGCUUGGGAUAUUGCUAGCGGAAUGGAAUUUUUGGCUUCAGAAAAGGUAUGUAUGUUAUGGAAUGUAAACGAUCAUGGUGUCGAGCUACUCGCUGCUAAAAAGAAAGGCGAAAGCUUUGCGGCUAGCAUGUCAUGGAUCCGGGCAAAAGUGUCCUUUGCGCUGCUGAGAUCAUCAUUAUUUUUCUUAAGAGUUUCCCGAGUUUCUAGAAGAGUCAAUUUAGAACUGUCGGACACUGACUUAGAUGUUGAAAAAGGACUCGCAAAUAUUCGAUACGAACAUGCAUCGAGAACGCUAAUUUAUUCCUUCUUUUAGUCAGAAUACGUUUACCUUUAAAAAUAUAUUUUUGUAAAAUCAAAAUGAAUUGUUUUUAAUUGAAAUGAAACGUUUUUAAUUCGAAUAUUUUUAAACUGAAAUGAAUAUUUUAAUCGAAAGUUUUAAAAGUGUUUUGUUUUAAUUGAAAGCAACUGUAAAUAGUGCUUUGACGGAAAUUAAUUGUACGUAGGAUUUUCUAGUUAGCUUUGUUAUCAAUAAAAGAUUAUUUUUACUUUCAUAUAAAAAUACUCAGAUUGAAACAUUGAAGCGCGCUUCUUUCCGCACUUCGAUUUUUAGUAUCAACGUCUAGUACAGUAACAGUAUUUUUCAGCGUAGAAGAAUUUUCCUCCACUACGUACGCAGGUUUGUAUAAGUGUUGAAUGGAUAUCUAAUACGCCAAAUAUACUGUAGAGCAAGAACCUUAAAAGAGCUGCUAUUACAGAAGUUCUGUUCUCUUUUGUAGAUAGUACAUCGAGACCUUGCAGCUCGAAAUGUUUUGGUAGGAGAUGGACAAAUCUGCAAAAUUACAGAUUUUGGCUUAGCUAGAGAUGUGUUCCAGGAAGACUUGUACAGGCGAACUGCAACGGUAAUGAGCGAGAGUUAAGCAGUUUAUUGGAUAGAAUAAUAAAGUGAUAAUGGAGGGAUAGUUUGUGAAGAAACUGCAUUCCAUUACGAGGGUUUAGUAAUUGUUUACUUGUUAGGGUGGGGAAGUGAGCCUAUUCAGCAAUUUGUUACAUUUUUUUCUUUGUUUGUUUUUUGUUUUUCAUUUCGUGAAGGAAAACGUUGAUUUAUUUGUAAAAUUAAGAACAUGACUGCAAGUUAAAACAACCUAUUAAAGAAUAAACAAGGAAACUGUGCUGAUCAUUAGUUGAAUUUCGUCUUAUUCGUAGGGUCGUCUUCCUGUUAAAUGGACAGCAUUUGAGUCAUUGAUGUACGGAAAAUGCACAACGAUGAGUGAUGUGUAAGUUACUUCCGUAUUAACUUAUAGAAAAGGCUUGCCAUAUGAUGACUUUAGGCCCUGUGCAAUUUAGGAGAGCUUUAUACAUUAAGCCCAGCUGGACGGUGCACAUUGGGCUGAUUUCCUUGUAACAGGACAGCCAAAAUUUGUGGAUGGAACUGAAGACAAAUAUCCGACCUUUUUACCCUUGGCGGCCCAUCAGACGUAUAUUUACCUGACGGCCUCAAUUACAGCUUCAUGAAAAAAGCAUUACUAUUAAUAAUAUAAGAUACGGCUAUUACUGAUGCCUAACUUAGUCUUUUUUCUUUCAGAUGGAGUUAUGGAAUUGUUAUGUAUGAGAUAUUUACUAUAGGUAAGAAAAAGAAUCAAUUUACGUUGCAGUUCGCUCACAAAACGGACCUUGCUCUGCAAGGAAGCGGGCCGGUCCCACCUUACCGGUAUGUACCAUAACUCGGAACAUCCUAACCACCGGGAAUAUCAAAAGCAAGUUCAAUUAAUUAAGUGAACGGUGAAAUUUUUUCUUACCCUCGCCUUUCCAAGACAAAUUUUAUUGCUUAUAACUGGGUUUCCCUUUUUUGCAUUGAAUUUUUUUAUAGGAGGAGUUCCGUAUCCAAAGGUGGACGGAAAAGCUCUCUCAUCGUUGCUUCAGGAAGGUUACAGAAUGCCCAGGCCAUCGCAUUUAGAUACAAAACUGUAAGUUAAUGUCAGCUUUCUUUUGUUGUCUUCUUUGCAAUUAAGUCAUGCAAACACUUAUUAGCAAUUGCGAAGCUGACCAAUUUUACCUUUCGAUAAGAACACGAUAAGGAGUGCCUACAUUCCUUGACUUAAUUUAUCUUAAUCUGAGGCAAGAUCACGUGAGCUCUGUUAGACUGCACCAAUAUAUAGAUAGAUGGAGAAAAUCUGGCCACAGAUCUGUAAGCAUGUAGCCUGCUUAAUAAUGACAAAAAGGGCAUUAAUCAGUGAUUUUGCGUUCCUAGUAUCUCGAGUAUACAUAAGUAAUUUAACAGCUCACUCUAAUAAUUAGCAAAAGCUCUUAUCUAAGAGUACUACUCAGCAGGAGAGUAGACAUUACAUAUGACUCGUACAGUCAGGGGCGUAGCCAGGCAUUUUUCCGUUUAAGGCCAUGAAGUUAACAUUAACAAUAACAAUAACAAUAAUGAUAAUGAUGAUGAUUAUUUUGUCUGACACGUUUAUAUGGCACAAAUUUAACCGAGAGCCAUAUGGCUGGACCGAAAAAGAAUGCCAUUUCCAGUACUUUUAAAGGAAUGUUUGAGUUUUUCAGUAUUAAUUAUUAACCACCAGUCAAUAAAAUGCAAGUCGUCUUGGCUUGUUUUUGUAAGAAUAUCACUGAUAACUCUUUCCCAUGAGUCAAUGUGCAUCUCUUUAUAUACGUGCAAGAGGGCUAAGGAUGAGAGACGAUCUGUUGACAUCGAGGAUCACAUCUACGUUUUUACCCUCCUCGUGGCAUUUAGUGAUGAUCUUUGGCUUCGCAAGCCGUGGCUUCACAAGCGUCUCAAUAAAUUUCUCAUGAAACUAUAAUAGCAAGCAGAAAAAGAGCAGACGGCCCAGGAUAGACGUCCUAAUCAAAGGAGUCUGGGAACUGCUCAUAGAAAGCGAAACAGCGACACAACAACGUUAGUUCAAGCAAUUAUAGUAGAGAUUCAGAACGGAAAAAGUAAAUUUCUCUCUGAGCACGGCAAAAGGUGCUGCCAACAGCAGACUCUUGCUUCUAGAAUUGCCCAUUUUUAGUUCCAUCGAGAAAAAUAUUUUCAGAGCACUUGUCAUGAUAACCUGCACUUAUUAUUUUUGCUCAAAUUCCUGUUAAGCCUGGGGUUAAUGACUUAAAUUAAGGCAGCUACGCCACUCACGGAUUCUCUUUCAUAUAGUUAUGACGUCAUGAAGUCCUGUUGGGAUAAAAAACCUGAGGAACGACCCUCGUUUACAAAGCUCAGAAAAAUGAUGAAGGCGAUGGGCGAUGAGAAGGAGGUAACCUAUUAGAAAAAGAGACUUUAAAUUAUGUAGGGUAUCAAUUUAAAGCGGAAACAUAGCCAUACAACUUUAGAUCAAAUAAAAGGAAGGAUAAUCAUUCUAUGCAGAUUUUUCUUACUUUUCAUUAACCCGGGAGCCCACCACGUGACCUGCAAAUAACUACUUACAAAUAAUGGUCUGCUCUCGAGCAAUGUCGUCCAACUGUGUUUGGCUGCAAAUAAUAUUCUGCUCAUGUGUAAAUGCAAUCACGCUUUUCUCCGCUCUUUGGUGAAAAUGCAAACUUCCCGAAUAAAUUUAUCAAAAAAAACAUACUCGGUGACUGAAUGAUAAAACAAUUUUUGAACUCGGUUAUCCCAAAAUAUCGUGAUUUGUCAAUGUCUCACAGAUCAAUUAUUUGCCUCAGCCGAAUAAUUGAUCUGCCUGCCAUUGAAAACAAUAAUAUUUUGCUCAACCUCGUCCAAUAACUGGUAAUUAUUUUGUAUCCAUCGUUAGGUAUAUCAGCCUCCAUUAGUCUCACUUGUUGACUUUUAAUUCACAGUCUUACAUCAACCUUGAAGACUACGACACAAAGCUUUACCAGAACCUUGACGAGUUGGAUGCUUAGCUUGAAUCGAAAUUAAUUUAAAAGUGUAACUUCAACCAAAGGAGACAAAUAGGUCAGGUGUAUCUAUGAAGGAGUGGUUGCCAUAGACGCCGUCAAACCAAACUUCUGUCAUAUAUUAUCUCUAGGAAGCUUAUACUUAAACGCAUUUUUGCCAAAUUUGUUGGCAUGACAUCGAGCCAUUUUAGGGCAAAAGUGGCUUCAUAAUUAAUAAAUAUAUAGAUUUAGCCAGGGCUAAAAGCGAAGCUCCCAUCAAUAAAUUUAUAUUUUAAAUCAAACAAUGAACUUGUAAUCCACAAAUCAGUUAACUUAAGGGCUCAUUCAUGUGACUUUUGAGGGAAAGGAUAAGUUAUUUUAGAGUGAAACAUCUUACAUCGAGUUGAUAGCCUAAAUAUAUGUACACCCAAAAAAUGGCAAACAUCUUCUAUCACAUUCAAGAGCCAUAAUGGCUCUUGAUCACGGUAGAUUAGGCCUCGAAAACAAAUUCUUGGAAAACAAAUCAGGCCGCAUUUUUUGCGUUCGACAGGUUUACUUUACAAAUCCUUGCCAACAAAUCUGAGGGUGUGUAAACCAACCUUUUAUACUUUUUAUACAUCACAUCUGAGGUGAAACAGUACUUUUUAUCAUACAGACCUCGGACAGAAUACGGCAUUUCACAAUUUUUCAAUGUCCAGGACGAUCAAUCGUGGGCUUUUAGCGAAACCGUUCAAAAAAUUGCCAAAAUCACCCAUACGUCCAGCCGGUUCUCAUUUUUAGUGCGAGCUGUCAGUGUGGUCGAGUGUUUGAAUGAACUUUAAUGGAGAUACGUCUCAACAUAAUAACGAAUUUAUUAUCAUUACUUUUUGUUAUUUAAUGGUUCCAGCUAUAACGAUGUGUAAUCUUAUAAAGCGUUUGAUACGUGGGACAUUUCUAUGUACUCCUGCAAGCGAUGUUCAUGAACGAUGAAAACAAACACCACGGACAAGCGAUUAAAAUUGCAAGGAGACUACUAACAAUCAAUAAAAGAAAUAUAAUUCGGUAAAACAUUUACAGAGACAACAAUUUUCAUUCACGAAGACAAGUAUUAAAGUGUCUCUAAAAAUCCUGAGUCUUUAAGCUUUAAUAAAGCUAAAGCUUAAGUUUAUUUUGUUUUACUUUCAGUCGGCCUCCCGGUGUUUGUUUUUUUUUUUCAAAGAUGAACUCCUCGAAGCAAGAAAAUCACUCAAAGUUUUCUUUCUACAGCCAAAUUUAUAACUAAAUAUUCUUCGGAACGUUUGUUUUCUAUUUGCCGUGAAAAAAAAAUCUGAAGGCCUUUUAAAGUCCUGUAAGCUUAUAUCAAACCUGAUACUAGAUCAGAUCAUUGACUCAAAUCUUAACAAACGUGCAAAAACUUGCCGCAUAAACUGUGCUCGACUUCAUGAAAUUAGAUAUAACAAAAACAAACAUCAAAUACAAUAAUUACUCAGGCUUACCAUUCGAGAUUCAGUUCCUGAAAGAUAUCAAGGAAGGCCAUAGUUGCUUGAGACUUUUAAACCCUCUUACGCAUUAAGCAAAAUGAAAGACGAAAACGAUGCCAUCCGAAAUCGGAUUACCCACUUUUAACAAGCGACGCAUUUGUCAACCAAAAACCCAAUAAACAAACCAGCCAUGGAUAACAGAAGACUCUUGAUAGCAGCUGUAUUUCAUUUUGUACAUCCAGUGGAAAAGACAGUUAAAAACAUCACAAGUUGACACAAAACUCUGUCAAAGUAAACAACUUUCAAGAUGCUGCAUAAAUUUUCCGCAUGAACUCACCUGUCAAAUUUUGACCAAUCAGAGUACAGAAAUUGGACGUAGAGCGUGACCAACGCGUGACCAUGGUAAGAAAAGGUCUUCCCCGCCUUUAUUUUUAAAAAAAGUGGCUGAAUUUUCGCGUCCGAGGUCAGUUUGAAAUCAACAUCUUGACAGUGCGGGGCCAUAGUGACAUAAACACAACAUAUUUCAUAUGAAUCAUUGGAAAAAAUAGACUUGAGCCUGCGAUCAUUUGAAACUGGUAAUUUGUCAGCGGAUAACUUCAAAAAAGUACUCGACCUCGAUGGGUCGACACUUGAGCCCGCGGUACGGUCAGGUGACACUGGUCAGCGGAUAUCCUGUUUUGACAGCUGUCAAUUGAUCACAACAUUGAUGUGCAAUUAGUUUUCUCUUGGGCUCCCAAACUAGCUAGAAAGUGUGAGAGAAAACAUUGGUUUCCCUGUGGUGCGGACGGACGGUCGGGCGUACGGUCACGUGCUUACCAAAUUUUCUCGGAUGGGUAGAUUACCACAUUUCCUUAGCUAUGGAGCUCCGUCCACACGCGCGCGCUUCGCUUUGGUUGAAUGGAAAGCGCCCAUAGUGUUUAAAACCCAGGUGGAAUCACAAGGCUAAGAGUAUUUUCACAUAUAGGGUUCCCUUUUAUAAGUCUGAGGGGUGGAUAAGCCAGAAAUUAUGUAUUAUAAUAUUCACUUAGUUGUAAUUCGCAGAGGCAAAAACAAACAACAAACAAAAGAAAAUAAAGCAAGAAAAGCGAUUAAAAAAAUCAAUAAACAAAAAGUCGACGGUC